UGAGACUCACGUUACAAACUUUGAGAGAGAACCAGUUGUAUGCCAAACUCUCAAAGUGUGACUUCUGGCAGGAUCGGGUAGCGUUCUUGGGUCACAUCAUCACCCAGGAAGGCGUAUCCGUAGAUCCAUCGAAGAUUGAAGCGGUGGUUGAAUGGCGUGCACCUACCUCGGUCACAGAGGUAAGAAGUUUCUUGGGUCUAGCGGGAUACUAUAGGAGAUUUGUUAAAGAUUUCUCCAAGAUAGCAAGACUGCUAACCAACCUGACAAAGAAGACAACCAAGUUCCAAUGGAAUGAAGAUUGUGAAGCAGCAUUCCAAGAGUUGAAGAAAAGACUCACAACUGCGCCGGUCUUGACACUACCGUCAGGGACGGAGGGAUUUGAUAUCUAUAGUGAUGCAUCCAAGAAGGGGUUGGGGUGUGUGCUGAUGCAGAAUAGGAAAGUGGUGGCUUAUGCAUCAAGACAACUAAAGGUGCAUGAAGUCAAUUAUCCUACCCAUGACCUGGAGUUAGCUGCAGUAGUGUUUGCUUUGAAAAUCUGGAGACAUUACCUAUACGGAGCACAUUGUAAGAUAUACACUGACCACAAAAGCUUGAAGUACAUAUUCACUCAAAAAGAGCUUAACAUGAGGCAAAGAAGAUGGCUCGAGCUUAUCAAUGAUUACGAUCUAGAAAUCCAAUACCACGAGGGAAAAGCUAACGUGGUGGCGGAUGCUUUGAGUCGGAAAUCUGAGCACUCAUGCCGAGCAACAUGGAUAUUACCAGAAGAACUAUUCCGAGACUUCCAAAGAUUGAGCUUGGAAGUAAAGCAAUAUGGCGAAGUAGAUGGUGAAAUACAGUUAUGUACUAUGACUGUUAUACCAUCUAUCUUUGACGAAAUCAAGAACGGACAAUCGGGAGAUGUAAAGCUCGAAAGAAUCAAGGAAGGAAUGAAAGAUGGCGUCAACGGACCAUUUAAGGUACAUGAAGAUGGGAGCAUCCGAUACAAGGGAAGGUGGUGUGUUCCACUGAAGUGUGCAGAUAUUAAAAAACAAAUCAUGGAGGAGGGACACAACACGCCCUACUCGGUACAUCCCGGGGGAGACAAACUAUACAAAGACCUCAAACAGAACUUUUGGUGGCCGGGAAUGAAGAAAGAAGUAGCUGAAUUUGUAUCCCGAUGUUUGAACUGCCAAAAAGUCAAAGCGGAGAGAUGCAAACCCAAGGGACUCGUGCAACCCUUGGAAGUACCAACAUGGAAAUGGGAUUCAAUCUCAAUGGACUUUGUCGGGGGUUUACCUUUAACAAAGUCCGGGAAAGAUAAAAUUUGGGUGGUAGUGGAUAGAUUGACCAAAACUGCAAGGUUCAUUCCUAUGAAUGAAACCUGGAGCAUGGAGAAACUGGCUAAAGCCUAUGUCAAACACGUGGUCAAACACCACGGAGUACCUCAAGACAUCGUAUCGGACCGAGAUUCACGAUUCUUAUCCCAAUUUUGGAAAGAAUUACAAACGGCUAUGGGAACAAAAUUGAAGUUAAGUACUGCUUUCCAUCCAACCACGGACGGACAGACCGAAAGAACAAUCCAAACAUUAGAAGACAUGUUGAG